AUGAAGCGCCCCCCAGCGAUGAAAAGGAAACGGGUUGCAAGAAUGGAGGCACCUCUGGAGGAUGAGAGUGAGGAGGAGUCGACAGACGAUGAGGAUAGCGACGAUGAAGAGAUGGAGAAGUGGGAGGAGAAACUUAUGCAAAUGGAGGACGUGAAACCGAAGGAUUUGCAUCCAAAGGCCAGAGAAGCACCACACUUAGUGUCGAAGGCCAAAGCCGUGCCCUACGAACUGGUGAUCCCCACCUAUCAACGUUGGAUGCCGGUGUGCCAGAUGAGCAAGAAGAGAAGGUUCAAGAAAUGCAAGACCUCCUUCAUCUUGAUGCACUCCUUGGGAAUGCUCUCUCGCCAGAGGAUCCCUAAGCAUCGGGUCACACUCUUUGUGGCCAAUGAGACUGAGAGGACCAAGUAUCGUGCAGCCCUGGCGGGCAGCGAGUGGGAGAAGGUCCGCAUCGAAGUCUCGGUCCUGGGAAACAAAAACUCGCGGAACUUCAUCAUGAAGUUCUUCCCGCCGGGUACCUAUGUGGUAAGCAUCGAUGAUGACGUGGAGAGGAUCAGCUGGAAGAUCCAGGAGGGGAUGACCCACCACGUGCUUCGAAGUUUGCCGCCUGGGUCCUUGGAGAAGAUCAUCUUCGAUGGGUACAAACAGAUGCGCGAGCAGAAAGCUUUCCUCUGGGGAGUUUCAACCUCCCAGAAUGCCCGGCAUAUGAAAGUGAAUGGAAUCUCCAAGCGGAACGGCCUGGUGAAUGGGCCUGGGACUCAACUGCGACAGAUGCAGUUGAACGAAACCGAAGUGGCUCGCUUCGGUGAGGUGAAUGGAAACCAAACAUUCGUAUGUGGGGCCUCUGAAUUUUGA